UCUCUCCUGGAGUGAUGCCUGGAAUCGUUGUUCCUUUCGUGGCGGUCUGAUCGCUCUGAGUGAACUGUCGUUAGUAGCACAGGCAUUUUAGAUUGGCAUUUGAGCAGUGGUUCAUCCUGGAAAAGAACCAUUCUCCAUCAUUGUGCUCGUUCUGUCUCGCAAAUUACCCUUUAGAGGUGGUUGGUGAACGGAGAUUGGUGAUCACUGAUCAGCGCUGGGCAUCAACUGACUGACUGACUGACUGACUGACUGUCAAGUAUGACUGCGGCUGCGGCGUGGGUCAAGAUUGUGGAAAACGAGGGUCAGAGCGAGGAUGAUGAGCCCAUGGAGAUCCAAACCGAACCGGAUGGCACUCUCUUGCUGUCCUCCAUUAUCACGCAAUUCCCCGGCACCAUCGGGCUCAAAUUCAAGAACCAAGAAACGGGUGGAUUUCGAGGCGUUCGCUGCAAAGAGGGCGUGCUUCAACCGCCCAAUCCUGACGGAUGGGGCAUCAUCACUUACAUAUGUACCAAGCCCAAGAAGUCUGACGACGAGCCCGCGGCCAAGCGACUCAAAACGAGUGAGGUUGCAGCCGAGUCCAAAGCUGAGAACAAGAAAAGCGACGAGACGUCCGAUCUGAUCGUGUUGGGCUUACCCUUUUCCAUGGACGUGACGGAAGUGCGCGAAUUCUUUGAGAAGUUCGGCCCCCUCAGCUUGUGUUCGGUCAAGCGCAACAAGGAUGGCAGCUCCAAAGGAUACGGAUUCAUGCGCUACAAGGACAUGGAGUCGCAGAAAAAGUCCAUGCUCACGCGACACAUGAUGCAGGGUCGGUGGGUGGAUGUAAAGAUUCCCGAUUCCCAAGACAAAAAAGUGGGCGCAGAUGAAGGCGGAAUCUACAAGGUAUUCGUGGCUCGCAUCGAUGAUAGCCUCAGCAAGCAAGAUCUUGAAGACCACUUCAAGCAAUUCGGCGAAAUCACAGACAUCUUCUGGCCUCGGCCCUUCCGUGGAUUCGCCUUCGUGACAUUCCUCGAAUCCCGGGUGGCUCAGAGUCUCCUCAACAAGGACCACGUGAUUAAAGGCGUGUCUGUCCAUAUUGGCAUGCCCGUGAAUCGCAAAAAGAUGGAUGCUCCGGAAGCUCGCUCAUCCUGGUCUGAUGGAAACGCUUCCUCCUCAUGGGGGGGCUACAGUCGUGGUGGUGGUGGUGGGGGGGGUUAUGGCGGGGGCUAUGGUGGGAGCGGCUCUUUUCCGGUGGGGGACGGUGGGGCGGGGGGGCGGGUAUGA